GCUGCCCCCCUGGCACGGCGCUGCGGGGGGCCGGAGGCUGAACUGCUGCUGGAGCAGCUGCCCCACGAGCUGGGGGAAAACUGAGGCACGAAAGCAUGGAGGAACCCCAUCCGGGUGAUGGAGCAAGAGGUGCUGGCAGCGAUGGCAGAGACAUCCCAGUGCCUGGACACCGGCUCUUCCCCUUCCGCACCCCAGGCUGAAGCCCGGUGACUGCCCUGGGCACCUCCUGCACGGGCAGUGGUGGGACGCAGCCCUGCGCCUGGGUGGCCUGAUCCCGUUCUCCAGCGUCCUCCUUCGUGGGAGCAGCCAGGAUAUUAAGUGUCAUCGCUUCAGGGAGAAAUGCAAGCGGAGGAAUCCCGGGAAACUGGUUUUACCCCUCCAUCCGGUGCCGGCGGCAGGACGGCGGCCGCGGCCAGUGCUCCUCCCUCGGCAAAGGCAUAUAACGCCUGCCAUGGUCCUGGCAGCCGGCACUGUGCUGCGGGAGGCAGGCAGGGGUGCAGGCAGCGAGCAAUGGCCUCCAUGGGGCUGCAGGUGCUGGGCAUUGCCCUCUCUGUCAUCGGCUGGUUGGCCUCCAUCCUCUGCUGUGCGUUGCCCAUGUGGCGGGAGACGGCCUUCAUCGGCAACAACAUCGUGGUGGCCCAGAUCAUCUGGGAAGGGCUGUGGAUGAACUGCGUGGUGCAGAGCACGGGGCAGAUGCAGUGCAAGGUCUACGACUCCAUGCUGGCCCUGCCGCAGGACCUGCAAGCCGCCCGCGCCAUGGUGGUGGUGGCCAUCGUCUUGGCUGUCCUGGGCACCCUGCUCGCUGUCGCCGGCGGCAAGUGUACCAACUGUGUGGAGGACGACACUGCCAAAGCCAAGGUCAUGAUCCUAUCUGGCAUUAUCUUCAUCAUCUCCGGUGUCCUCAUCCUCAUCCCCAUCUCUUGGUCGGCCAACACCAUCAUCCAGGACUUCUACAACCCACUGGUCACUGACUCCCAGAAGCGGGACCUGGGGUCAUCCCUCUACGUGGGCUGGGCGGCCUCUGCGCUCCUGCUGCUGGGGGGUGGGAUCCUCUGCUGCACCUGCCCCCCCCGGGGCGAGAAGCCCUACUCCGCCAAGUUCACGGCCGCUCGCUCACUGCCAGCCAGCAACUACGUCUAGGAGCCGCUGCGCCUGCUUGGACUCCCCCAGCCACAGCGGGGAGCUGGGACCUCCCAGGGCGUCCCUGGCCCGCAGACCCCCCCUGGGCGGGCCGGGGGCUGGCUGGGAGCCGGGGCAGGGAGGGCCGGGCACCGGGGCGGUGAGGGAGAGCAGACAGAGCUGCCUUUGUUCACCGGGGGAUUGAAGCUGGUUCUUUAAUCUGGGUUGAGAUGGGGAACAGGGAGAUCCUGUCCUGGCUGCCCACCCCCCCGGCAGGGGUCCCCCUCCUCCUGGAGCACCCAGCCGCGGCAUCUUCAAAAAACCACCCGAUCCCUCCCCGGAGCAUCUCCUGGCUCCCAGUAUCGGGGUGUGCCGCGUGGUGACGCAGCUCCCAGUGCUCCCAGUGCUCCCGGGGGCCCGUCCCGCCGGUGGCACGGGGCUCUCGCUGGGUACCCCCCUCCCAGGAUGCGUCCGUCAGGGUGGGCAGUGGCGUCGGUGGGGACACCAGACCUGUCCUAUGGGGACGCAGCGGCUCUGCGAACCCCGACGGGGUCUCGAGGGGUGCCGGAGGCUCUUGCAUGCCUGUACCCUAAAUUUUGACUUUGACCUACUUUCGGGGCUCGGAGCGGCUGUACAAGACGUGUGAUUUCUCGCGGCAGCUCCCCGGGGCGGGGGCAUCAUUAUCCUGGGAGUGGGAAGGCAGCGGCCGGGCUGGGAAAACCGGUCGGGGAGGCAGGAGCGGAGCCGGGCUGUGCACCCUGUGCACGGCAGGGGAUGACUCCCGGACCGACCCCGUCCUGUGGGGUGCACCCAGCCCCAUGGCUCCCUUGGCAUCCCCUGAGUGGGGUGCCCAGGCUGGGGGCAGGAGAAGGUGGGUCGCUGUGUCCCCGUCCCUCCCACCCCCCCGCCCCGGGCUGUGCCGCUGCCUGCCCCGCAUCGCAUCCUUCCCACAUUAAACGGCAGCUGCUCAGA